UUUCUUUUCUAUCUGGAUGGGAAUUGUUGGUGAUAGAUUGGAAGACUCGCCAUUUCGCCGCUAAAAUUCUCCCGGUAGUCCAGUAAGCGCUCUUUAGAUAUCAAACUCAAUUUUAUUCCAUCGUAGUUGUUGUAGACGAAACCCUGAUCACUAUAAAAACUCAACUGGGGAUCUGCUUACGAUCGUUCUUCCACUUUACUUCUGGUCUUGGUUUUCUGUAGCGUCGAUUGCGACCGAGAUCGCUGCCAUUGUAGAAGACUAGAAGAGACUGACUAAAAUUCCGGAAAUCCACAUGUCGCGUGAGAGACUCAAAAGAGGCGCGCUUCCUCCGGCCCAAGAGAAUAUUGAUAAGUUGCAGAAAGUUGUAAAUGAGGGAAAUUAUUAUGGAGCUCAACAAAUGUACAAGUCUGUCAGUGUCAGGUAUGUAUCUGCUCAGAGAUAUUCUGAAGCACUAGAUCUCCUACAAUCAGGAGCAUGCAUUCAAUUGGCACAUGGACAGGUCACCUGUGGGGCUGAGCUUGCUUUAUUAUUUGUAGAGACACUCGUGAAAGCAAAAGUUCCUUAUGAUAAUGAAACUCUUGAACGCCUUGAGAAGAUCUACAAAGCUUUUCCUCGGGUUCCACUUCCACAAAACUUGAGAGUUGAUGAUGACAUGCAACAGAUUUCUGAAGCCCUUGGAGCUGCAAAAACACGUGUGGAGGGCUGCUCCUCAUUCUUAAAAGCUGCUAUCAGAUGGUCCGCAGAGUUUGGAGCAAAUAAUUAUGGAUCUCCAGAAUUGCACAUUAUGCUAGCUGAAUACAUUUAUUAUGAAUCACCUGAGGUGGAUAUGGCUAGAGUAACGAACCAUUUCGUGAGAGGAAAUAAUCCAAAGAAAUUUGCUUCCAUUCUUGUUGAUUUUAUGGGCAAGCGUUAUCCAGGUGAAGAUGACUUGGCCAUCGCUAGGGCAGUUUUAAGGUACUUAUCUUCAGGCAAUCUGAGAGAUGCUAACAUAUUGAUGGAAGAGAUAAAGAAUGAAGUUGCAUCUAAAGAGAUUAAAUUUCCGCAGACAGAUUUAAUGCAGUUCGUCAACUUUCUAUUGCAAACGUUGGAGAGAGAUGCAUUGCCGCUUUUUAAUAUGUUGAGGGCAAAUUAUAAAUCAAGUAUUGACAGGGAACCUGCAUUCAACGAGAUGUUGGAUGAUAUAGCAGAGAAGUUCUACGGAGUACAGCGGAGGAAUCCUAUGGGGAUGUUCGGAGAUAUAUUUAAGUUGAUGGGGGCUGAUUGAUGAUAUUCCUUAUUGAGAUACCGAACGAACUGCAUCUCAUAUAGUGCAAAUGGUAAACCUGUUCGACAAUAUAAAAGUUAUGAUGGGUCUGUAAGAUUCAUUUUUUCUGUUUAAGUAACGUAGGCAAAUUUAUCUACUCUUGAGGACCGUCUUUGUAUAAUCUCUUUAAUUAGGUUUUACUUUGGUGAAUUUGUCGUAAAGGUCGGCAGUUUUGCAGACUAUUCAGCUGCUACAAUAUUUUUUCCUGCAAAAAGUCUGCGUUGGAGAUUCAUUGCAUUUUGAUUGGCCUCUA